CCUUGUUGUCCGCCUCAGGUGUUCGGUCCGAGGUAUAAACGCCAAGAGUACACUGGAAAGUGUCUCAGAAUGUACGACUCGCAAGAUAUUUCAUUGACAUCCAUUUCUUCUGCGAGACUGUGCAACCCUGACUGCGCACUACGUACUGAGUACUGAGGACCAGGUCUCAUAAGCAAAUGCAGUCAUAAGUACGUUCACGGUGUUUAAAUCCAAACAGUUCCACACAUUGUUUCCUAAUGCUGUGGCACGCACCAAGUCCUUCUGCAGGAACCCCGGCCAUGGCGAAACUGCAUACGAAUUGCUCCUUGCAACCACACCCAAAGAUGCUCUGCUCUUUCCCAAGAUGCGCUCGCUCAGUUGGCACGAUCCGCGUAUCACCUCCAUCCCAACCCUCAGCCUCUUCCUACCCACCCUCGAGACCCUCUCCAUCGACGUCUCAAGCGCUUCAUUUUGCAAAGCCAUCAUCCCUCACCUCCAUACCGCCGCCCCCCACCUGAAAGCUAUUGGAUUUGACAGCUUCGUCGACAAGACAGAGCAAGCAUCUCGGAAAUUGAUUCGCUCCCUGCUUAGCUAUCUUGAGGGUCUCACAGAGUUGUCUUCAGAUGCUGUGAUAUCUCAGGCGGCUUGCUCAAUGCUAUCGCUGCGUGGCCACGCCUCCAAUGGCUCACUCUCCAACUGGGUUUCGAAAGCAUCCCCACUGUACCUCUCAAUAUACCACACCCCUUUCAGGCACUCACUCACUUGUGACUUGCACAUCUCAUAUACAUGUCACUUCGGAUGCCUCAAGCUCAAAACAAUUCACAUCAAUGCACGAUGAUGUAGCCCAGCGAGCAUCUGGUCCGAACUCCUCAGCAUUCUCACCUGCACUAAGCUAGAGCACAUCAUUAUCGCCGAGUGGUGUCACCGUCG